AUGGCUGAAGCUACUACAAAUGGUGAUGGGAAUGAUGGGGGUGAUGGGGUUGGUGCUGGUGGUGGGGAUGGUGGGGGCGGUGUUGGAGGUCACGCUGAUGCGGGGCAGACAAGAGAAGGCAUGCACACAAGCAGAGAAGAGAAAGCAGACCAGGCAAGCACAGUAGAUCUGGCAGAGCAGGCACAAGAGCAGCAGCAGGAAGGAGUGGAGUGCGGAAAGAGAAGGCCAGCAGAAGGUGAAGGCAAGGAGACGGAAAAGCCAUGGCAAGCGGGCAGAGUGAAGGGUGACUAUACUGAGAGGGUGAGGGUGGUUCAAGUGGGGAUGAAACUGAUCCUGCUGCUGCUCCUUCCGUUCCCAUCGCAACUCCUGGAUAAGCACAUUAUGCUACAGUCACCACCACUGCAACGACACGUCUCUCCACUGCUGGCUCCUCCCGUUACAGUCACAAAUUCUGGGACUGUGAGUGAUUAUAAGCACACAGCAGUGAUAUCUGCUUCUUCUUCUGCUGGGCUGCUGUUAGACGUCCUGUGCUCCCUCUUACAGGCCACUGCUACACAAGCCCGCCGCAUUCUCGAGUCGACUCAAAAGUCACAGGCCACAGCUAUGCAAGGCCACCGCAUGACUCAUGCAUAUAGCAUGCAGACUCGAGCAGUGGCAGGGGGAUUGAACCGUCGUGAAGCUUCUUGUAAAGGGGACAUCGGGGGGGUUCUGACGAGAGGGCUCGAGGAUCCUUGUGGGGAGGAGAGGAAGGGUUUGAGGCGUUUCAAAAGGGUUGAUACGUCUCAAAGGGAGGUGGGGGAAGGGCACUGGAGUGCGUGUGGUGUGAUAGAAGUGCUGGGGCUGCUGUGUGGUUGGGCUGUUGGGAAAGGGACGGAGGAGGAGAGUGGUUUGAGUGGAGAGGGGAGGAGUGGAAGUAGAGGGAGUGAGUGUGGGAGGAAGGAGGGCGAGGAGGAGCAGGGAGAGCGGCAGAGGGUAAACCACAAAGAGCAGAGUUUGAUGCUGGAGCAGGGGAAUGGAAUUGUGCAGGAUACAGCAGGAAGGGUGAGAGCAGGAGGAGGGGUACCAGCAGGAGCUCAGGUGGAAGGGAUGGAUGUGGAGGGCAGAAGCGAUGAAAAAAAUCUAGGUGCGGUUGGAGGAGCACAGGCUCUGCUCCUGCACUGCUGCCAGCAGUGUGUCCUACUCAGCAUCGCGCUCGCUGAGCUGGCGGAUAAGGCUGCUGAUGUUGGUCGGCGGGAUGCUGACGUGUCAGCAAGCGGGUUUGAUUCGCUGUCUGAUGCUGAUGUGGCGGGAAGUUGCUGCGAUGGUGGUGAUGACAAUGACAAAGACAAAGUAGAGGAAGAGGAGGAGGAUGCUUAUGAUGAUGUUUUUGGAUGGGAAGCUCCUUGGAAGGAGUGUGUGGGAAGCAGCAUCAUCACAGAGGCAGGAGAAAUGGAUGGUUUGCUGUCAGGGAGAGGGUGUGACAGCAUGGGAGGGGGGUGGGGUGGUGUGUGUCAUGCCUUGGCAGCAGCAGCUGAGAUGCUGAGAGGAAUCGUGGAGUGA